AGUGAUGGCCGAUGUUUCAAACUGUAGAGACGCGAAUUGGCUUAUCCGAAUAUUGUGUUGAAAUAAAAUAAAUUACUGUAAUUUGGUAUUUUCAAAUGUGUUUAUAUUAAUUCACCUCCAAAAUUUUUAUAGUGCACAUUUUGUGUUACACGUGGUGACUAAAUUUGUGUUAUUCGGUAUAGAAUGUUUGUUGUGUCUUCGUUGUAAUAGGAUCAGUGGUCAAUAACAUCUAUUGGAUUACGAUUUUGCUGUUUAUCUAAUUGUUCUGGAGUUCACAGGCAGUGCCAGUGGUCGAUCGAUGAGACGCCAGCUCUUGUAGCGGGAGCGACGCCACACUGUUUGGAUCACUUACUUAGGGGCGGUGUGUGAGUGUCGCACCGCCAUGUCGCAUCACAGCGAUGAACAGGCGCUGCUCACCGUCGCCUCGGACUCAUUCUGGGAGCCAGGCAAUUACAAAAGGACCACAAGACGUGUAGACGACGGCCAUCGGUUGUGCAGUGAACUCCAAACCCUCGUGCAGGAGCGAGCAGACAUAGAGAAGACAUAUGCGAAAAGCUUACGAGGCUGGGCAAAAAAGUGGAACGAUCUUAUAGAGAAAGGUCCUGAAUAUGGUACCAUGGAGGCGGCGUGGAAGGGCGGCAUGGUCGAGGCAGAGCGACUCUCGGACUUGCACCUUGGCGUGCGAGACCGGCUAGUUAAUGACGUCAUCGCUCAGAUCAAGAACUGGCAGAAAGACACCUAUCACAAGUCAAUGAUCCAACUAAAAGAACGGAAAGAAAUGGACGAAGCAUUCAAAAAAGCGCAGAAACCUUGGGCAAAGCUCCUCCAGAAGGUGGAGCGCACCAGGCUGGAAUACCACACGGCCUGCAAACAGGAGCGCACGGCGCAGAACCAGGAGAGGAACGCAAGCGGCGACAGCUCGCUCAGCCCGGACCAGGUCAGUGGACAUGUGAAGAAGAUGGCGGAGCGGGUGGCGAAAUGUCGGGAGGACGUGGCGAAGAACCGUGAGAAGUACCAGAAGGCUCUGGAAGAAAUCAGCGCUUACAACCCCCGUUAUAUAGAGGACAUGACGACUGUGUUUGAACGCUGCCAGCAGAUGGAGGCGCAACGGCUGACAUUCUUCAAGGACGUACUGUUCAGCUUCCACAAGUGCCUCAACAUCAGUCAAGAACCCUCAUUACCACAGAUAUACGAGGAGUUCCAUCACACGAUAAACAACGCUGACCACCAGAAGGACCUCAAGUGGUGGGCCAACAAUCACGGCGUCAACAUGGCGAUGGCGUGGCCGCAGUUCGAGGAGGUAACUACUACCGACGUUCCGGAGCCGUUACGUUAUAAAUAUCUGCCGGCGCGCCUGUCGACCACUGCGACGGCGACUGCGGCGCUAGUGACACGGGCGACUCGGCCCGGAGCGUGGUUACGAGCCAUGCGACGCGUCCGACUCGCCCUACCCACUAUAUGCUUCGACAAAGUCGCCCCCUCAGAAGUGGACAGUCAGCAUUACGGCAGCAGUCGCUUCUAUGCCGACGCCCAGAUGGAGUACACGGAGGAGUUCCGGGACAUCGCCAAGGGCAAGUCCAAGGAGAGCCUUCCCACUGGGCCCAUCACGCUGCUCAACCAGAGGCCCGUCAGCGAAGACGAGUUACCACCAAUCAGCAACAACAAAGCGAACAAGGGGUCAAAUCACGCGGAGCCGCCGCCCGCGCCCGUUGUCAAUAACACGAGCAAUGACAAGAAUGCCACCGCUAAUAACACCAUAGACAAAAAGAGUAUCAGCGCCCCGAUCGCUGUCACCAUAGAGCGUCUGGAAAUAUAUGCGUGCGCGACCGAGUACAGUCCGCUACGACCGGCGGAUACGCUCGGCGGACAUUUGUUACGCUUGGCGCUCCGCCCCGACGCACACAAUCGAUACACGGUCACCGAUAUGACCGAUCAUAUCCUGCCAAAUGGAACCGCAUCCGCACCUAAAUCGAACAAAACGUCUCCGGUGAAAGACGGUGCCAAACAGGACAACCCGUUCGAGGAGGACGAAUGGGACGAGGAGUCCGGCGGAGCCCUAACGGACACCGGCGAGCCCGGAGUACCCGUACGGGCGCUGUACGACUACACCGGCGCGGAGAGUGAUGAACUAAGCUUCAGACAAGGGGACUUAUUUGAGAAAUUAGAAGAUGAAGACGAACAGGGCUGGUGUAAAGGCCGUAAAGACGGCCGCGUGGGCCUCUAUCCGGCUAACUACGUGGAACCAGUGGGCCACUAACCCCCACGAAUCACUAAGACACAAAACAAAGUAGAAAAAGUACUGAACAUCCGUGUAUUAACAUGUAACAUGUAUUAUUGAGUGCACGCGUACUCGUUAUUGAUAUUCUUAACAGAUGAUAACGAUAUAUAACGAUAUACCACCACGUGAUUUAGGCUUCAAACCGAUUUGCAAUGAAUAUGUUCUGUAUUUUUUACUAUUUUGUGGAAACACGAUCGCCACACGUCUUAUCACACCGCUUACUUCAGAUGGCCUAAUUUUUGAGACAAAUAUUUGUCUGUGAAAACAUUUUUGUAACUAAAUUGUAUUCCACAGGUUUAUAUGUCGCAGGAUUAUUAUUGACUGUUGAUAAUUGCAGUUAAUUAUAUAUAACUUUUAUUUAUUAUCACAAUUUUGUUUAAACAUUCGUGAUAUUUUAGCUGUCAUUUAACGAAUUACAAACAUCAUAGUAUUAUUUUGGUUGAAGCACAGACCCACUACUAUUUUAUUUCAAAAUUAAAACAAGCCGGCCCAGCUGAAAGUAAGAAAAUAAUAAUAAUAACAUACCCAAGAAUAGUCUGCGACAUAAACACCUGUGGCAAUAAAUAUUUCUUACGGCGGUGUCUUAUUGUGUGUUGCUUACAUCAUAUUUAUUCAUUUUUUUAGCGUCCAAUUAAAUUUCAUGUAAUUAGAUGUCAUGUGAGACCACAAUUGUUAUAUUCAGAAACGAUGUGUGCCCAGUAUAAAUGUUUAUUACAACACAUAUCUAUGAUAUACAAAAAUAUAUGGUAAUACCAAAUCCCACGUAACUCGUAUCCAUUUCAAUGUGAAAUAAACUGUCUGUAAGCUUUGCGAUAGCUGUAUGCAUUAAUUAUUAAAUUAUGAAUGCGGCGUGUUGAGUACGUGACAGAUUCCCUAUAAAAUUAGUAAUGUUUUAUAAGUGAGAGUCACCGAGUAGUCAUUAUAAUUAUCGCAGUGAUGUUCUAAGUACAUGCAUGUUUGUAAAUUAAUUAAGUAAACAUCAGCACCGAAGUUCAUAUAAACUUUUUCUGGUGAAAAAUUGGAAACUCCACUCGCGCGCAUCGAAUUUUAAUUUUAAAACUAAUUUAUAGCAGCUCUGGAGUCAUAUAAAUCAUAUUUGGUACCAAAUUUUGUAUGUUUUUAUAAUGUAUAAUAAAGAAGAAAUAAUUAUUACGAACGAACACGAGUCUCGUGGAGACCGAGAAGUGUAGUAAGAAGAUCGCGAGUGAAAACGUGCGAGAUUCGGAUAUUUUUGAUGUAUUUGUUCUAGGUACGAUAUGUGGUAACCAAAAAUUGUUUAUUCCUAACUUUUAAUGUCGUUUACAAGGAGGUUUUUUUUUAUGGUGCCGUGUGAUAUACGCGAAUGGCGGAAUCAUUUCACGGGUGUUAUUCAAGGAAUUCUCCCAUUACGCACGUUUGAAUAAAAUUUAAAAUUAAACUUAAAAUAUUACUUAUAUGAUAUACGGUUUAUAUUACAGUGUAUUGUUGAUAUUUGACGUGUCGUAAUGUGCGAAGACCUCUAUGAUAGCGCGAAUGAUAAUCACCCUUACUUAUGAGAACCUAGUUAAGCCAAAAAGUAAACGCCAAUAUUAUAAUAGGCGAUCCACAGUCAGUUGCAUUGAAAUACACUUUUGUGAUAUAUAUAGCGGCAGUCGCCGUAAUACUGUAGAUGUCAUUGUGUACAUACACGAUUGCGUAUUCUCGUCGUGAAUAUUGAAUAUUUAUUUGUCGUUGUAUAUAAUGUAUAAUUCAGCAGUAAAGUGAUGCGAGUGCGCAACGACGGGUGAUCGCUUUGUGCGCGACUGUACUGCAUUGUGGAUCGACUCUGUACAAAUUUUUGGACACACAGUUUUAGUCUAUGGUGUAGCUCGAGAAACUUUAGUGUUUUACUGUGUACUUUGACUAGUUGGAAGUUAUAUAUGAGCUAAAGUUUUUGUAGUUGAUGUGUAGGUAUAUGGUCUAUGUAUCUCUAAAUACAUGCGAUUAAUAUAAAAGUUAAAUUCUUCUAAUAGUUUGUUCUUAAUGGUCAAUAUUGAAUAUAAUACAUAUAAUAAUGUCCAGCCGUUUUUAUGGGAACGAUCCACCGUGCAGCGAGCACGCGAAUAUAGCGCCAUCUAGUUGUUUAGGCUAAAUAAUUAUAAUGAUAAUAUAUUAUGAAAAUGUUUACCUUUUUUCUUUUCCUUUUUUACUUCGUUUUAAAUAUUGUUGUAAUUGUGUGAUGACGUGGGAGUCGUUUUAACCUUUGACCCGCGACAUCGACCGUAGUUCAUUAGAACUUGUCCAGUUUUACGUGCGAAUCUUUAACGGCGGUAUCCAAUUCAUUGCUUGAAAUGUUGCACGCAUUAGAAACACUAGUUGUUAUAAAUAAGCGAUGUAUAACGGUACAUGUCUGAUCGCUCGUAGGUCUGGACAAGGUUUUAGUCGUAUUCCCUUGUUUUAUUUGUUAUGGGUUCAUUAUACCUCUGUGAAAAUUCUUUGUAUUAUAUUAUUAUCAGAAAGUGGGUGGUUUUGGACCACAUAUGUUAAUAUAUUAUUAAUAUUGGUAAAAUAAAAAUUGUUACAUAUG